AUCAUCUGUUUAGUCUAUGGUUUUUCAGAAGUGUCGCGCUGUGUAGAAAGUGGACUAUUUGUAAAUAUUGUAUAAUUGUAAAUAAUCCGUGUUUCAUGUUUCCAAAUUAUUAAUUUACAUAUUUAAUUGUUCGUGUAAGUGCUUAAUGGAUGUGAAGGUGAUAUAAAGCUGAUAAACAACGGUGAAAUCGCAAUGGUGAUGGAAGCCGAUCCAAUUGCCGAAAAACACACGGACGAACGCGUCCUACCGCCGCUGAAACCACGCGCGGGCGGCGACGUCAACGUCAUCCCGGAGCGUUCAGUCAGCUCUCUGGACCUCAUGUCGUACUCUACGCCUUCAAACCUAGUCCUCACACCUGCUCCGGAAUGCCGAAAGCUGGCCCGAGGCAUAUCCCGAGCGACAGAUAAUGAGGGUCUGGUUUGGGCGCUCCGCAGCAACACAGAGCCUGACCUGCAGACCCUGAGCUCCGAACACAUACUGCUGCUGCCAGAUAUAUCUAUAUAUCCACCAGAGUUCAGAACAUUCAUCGAAAAGGACCUCCUCGAGACAGCCACACUUCACACAUUAGAGUCUUCCUGUAUACUAAACUGGUGGCGGCAAGGGCGCGUACCCGGCGCACCUAGACUUCUACCAUUAGCUACGUCUGGAGAUGGGAAUUGUCUGCCUCAUGCAGCAUCAUUGGCUGCUUAUGGAUUCCAUGAUAGACUGUUGGCGUUAAGGACGAAGGUUCAAGCGUUGCUGUGUGGGGAAGGCGGAGAUGCUCUCACAAAUGCCAUAAAACGCCGUUGGCGCUGGUCGGAAAGCCUCUCCCUCCGCAGCGCGGGCCUCACCCCCUCCGAGGCCGAGUGGGAGCGCGAGUGGCAAGACGCCGUGCGCGCCGCUUCCGCGCAACCACGCCCCAAACCCGCUCCCAGUGCGGCCCCACAUUAUGAUGGCUUGGAACAGUUACAUGUCUUUGCUUUGGCACAUGUGAUGAGAAGACCGGUUAUCGUUUUUGCUGAUGUCGCUUUAAGGGAUUUCCGUGGCGACCCAGUCGCCCCCAUCCCGUUUGGCGGCAUCUACCUCCCCCUCGAACUGGAACCGGCAGUGUGCAGCAAAGCGCCCAUAUUGCUGGCCUACGAUGCCGGCCACUUUUCCGCACUAGUCCCCUGCGAACCGUUACCCACUGACGGGGCCAGAGUGCCGCUUGAAGACAGCUCGGGGACCGCCAUGCCUAUCAGAUUCAACGUGGACCCCGGUGAAGAUUUCCGCUGGGACACCGAACCGGACCAGAAAACCAUAAACAACCUCCUCCCCGACGAAUACCAACGUUCCGCCAUGAUGGCGGCCUACCUCGACCUCGAACGCGUCGAAUGUCUCUCCCAAAACCCUCCCCCGGAAGAACUUAGAAGAUCUUUAGACGCUCUAUCAACCAAAAGCUCGAAACAGUUAAAUUCCGUGGCUAAACAAUUUGGAAGUAUAGGACGGUCAAUGAGUAGUAAAUUAAAGAAGAAUUUCGGAUCGAUGGCGAAAUUAACGGGGAAGAGUCAAAGUAAUCCAGAGGAGGGUUUGAUGAGAAGACAGAGCACGUGUGAGGUGUUGUGCUGUAGAGUGCUGGCGGCAAGAGCACCGGUUCAAGAGGAAAUGGUCAAGAAUUAUCUUAAUGAGACUUGGAUUAGCUUCACGGCGGAAAAGAACCGUCGCUCUCAGCCCCAGUCUCCCCCCGCCCCCCGCUACGGCACGGGCCGCUCGCAGUUCUACGCGGACGCGGGCGCGCCCUCGCACGAGCACGCGAGAACAUUAUCCAACAAGUCCACCAAGCCCGCCCAGGACCGGACGCUAUACCUCUCCAAGUCGACGUUCUAUGAUGACCGUCCGCCGUCACCGAAGCCUUGUAAGGCGCAGCUGUGUAUGUAUUAUGGGAGUCCGGAGAAUAAUGAUUAUUGUUCGAGAUGCUCGAGACUUCAAUAUGAUUAAGUGUAAGUGCUUCCCUUUCCCUAGUAGUGUUGCGGAUUUUGUAAUGGAUCUCUAAAGUGUUAAAAACCUGAUUAAAAAGAAAACACACCAAAUAAAUCAUUAAAAGAAUAAUCAUAUUAGAAAUACUUAAUUAAUAAAACUGAACAGCCAAAGCUCUUUAAAAUACCCACAAAUACGCUAGAACAUUAUCCAACAAGUCCGCCAAAGUUACUCCCGACCGGACGCUAUACCUCUCUAAGUCGACAUUCUAUGAUGACCGUCACCGAAGCCUUGUGAGGCGCAGCUGUGUAUGUAUUACGGGAGUCCGGAGAAUAAUAAUAAUUGUUCGAGAUGCUCGAGACUUCAAUAUGAUUAAGUGUAAGUGCUUCCCUUUCCCUAGUAGUGUUGCGGAUUUUGUAAUGGAUCUCUAAAGUGUUAAAAACCUGAUUAAAAAGAAAACACACCAAAUAAAUCAUUAAAAGAAUAAUCAUAUUACAAAUACUUAAUUUAUAAAACUGAACAGCCAAAGCUCUUUAAAAUACCCACAAACACGCUAGAACAUUAUCCAACAAGUCCGCCAAAGUUACUCCCGACCGGACGUUAUACCUUUCCAAGUCGACAUUCUAUAAUGACCAUCCGCCGUCACCGAAGCCUUGUGAGGCGCAGCUGUGUAUGUAUUACGGGAGUCCGGAGAAUAAUGAUUAUUGUUCGAGAUGCUCGAGACUUCAAUAUGAUUAAGUGUAAGUGCUUCCCUUUCCCUAGUAGUGUUGCGGAUUUUGUAACGGAUCUCUAAAGUGUUAAAAACCUGAUUAAAUAGAAAACACACCAAAUAAAACAUAAUUAGUAAUUACAAUUACACACCCUAAGAAGAAUAAAUAAUAAUAAAAAUACCUACUUAAUUUAUAAAACUAAUCAACCAAAGCUUUUAAACUGUCCACGAACACGACCGAACGUUAUCCAACAAGUCCGGACCAAACCAGACAUGAAGAACCCUAAUACACAGAGAAACCCUAUGUACUAAGCCAUACCGCGAAGUUAACAAAAAUUAAAAAAAAAAACAUCCGCAAUACUGCUUCCAAAUUUCAGUGUUUUCUAGUUCUGUUAGAAUCGUUAGAUUAUAAUAAUUUAAGAUAAGAGAAAAUGGUAUAGUCAUUAUUGGAAGUUCUUAAAAUAUGUUCUCUUUCUAAUAAACAAUGUCAAUGUGUAAACAUUUUUUUUUUCAUUGAAUUUUGAAUAAAACUACUGGAGUACUGUUGUUCCCAUUUUUGAAAAAUUAAAAAAAAAAUAAAAAAAUUAAAAAUAUAUUUAUGUUUUGCACACAAAGAUGGGAAUUUGCAGAUGGAGUAUACAUGAGGUCCAGGUUGCGCGCAUACAGCGGUACAUUUAUAACAGUAUGAACAGGGGUCCCCAAACUAGGCAUAGCCUGUAUCUUGGGCGACCAGUUAGUGAAUUAAAAACUAGAUUGAAAAAAAAAAGUAUGUCUAUUUUUGUAAAUGAAAAUCAGUUUUUGAUUUAAAAAAAUAAGAGUAUAGAAUAUAUAGCCGAGAAAUAAAUCAACAUUAUGUAGAAAUUUUAAUACAUAUUGUUUAUUGAAUGAUAAUGUAAUUUAAGAACUCCCAAUAAAUGGAGAAAGCAGUUAUAUUUUUAUGAUGGCAAACUAUUUUCGUACAUUAAUAAAAAUUGAUCUUAGUUAUAAGCUCGUUAUAAGAUUCUAAUAGGAUAAGUUUUCAAAUAAUCGUGAUAAGAUAACUCAUUUGUUUAUAAUCACGUAUUUUCCCAUCCAAAUUAACCAUUUAACCGCAAUAAAGAGACAAAAGUGGGUUAUCCAUUUUUAUUAGAGAUGCACCGGAUAUUCGGUUACUAUCCGGUAUACGGCCCUAAUUUUAGUAUCCGGCCGUAUACCGGAUAGUUAUUUACUAUCCGGCCGAAUACCGGAUAGUAACUGCUUGAAUUUGGGGUAAACAAAUGGAAUCUAAAAACAGCCAGUCAUACUCGAAGUCGUUGAUUAUAAUUGAAAGACCCAGACGUAACAUUUGCGUAAUAAGUACAUAUACAUCCAACGUAUAAUUUGUUUAUAACUAAAUACGCGAGCGCACGCGCAGGUACAGGUACAUACUCGAAGUCGUUGAUUAUAAUUGAAAGACCCAGACGUAACAUUUGCGUAAUAAGUACAUAUACAUCCAACGUAUAAUUUGUUUAUAACUAAAUACGCGAGCGCACGCGCAGGUACAGGUUCUAUAAACGAACUUACUCUUAAUAACAUGAUAGAACCUUUGAGUUAGAACUCGUUUCGAAACUAGAAAUGAGUCCGCGCAAAUGUUCACUACGAAACAGAUCAGAACGACGCCCACCUGCAAAACUCAAAAUGUUCAGCCUGCCGAAUAAUCGGCGGCAGAUACCGAUUAUUCGGCCGACAGUCUGGCCGAAUAUCCGGUAUCCGGCCAAAGAACUAUCCAUUGCAUCUCUAAUUUUUAUUUAUUCCUUUACCAGGCUAAGGGACAAAUAUUUCCCACAUACGGCACUUCAAACAUGUGUUAUAUUUUUGAUGAGUAAGACUGACAUUCGAUUGUCAUUUUUGAAAUGUCAGCUUGGUAAAAAUAACAACAAAAAACCGGACAAGUGCCAGUCCGAUUCGCCAACCGAGGGUUCCGUACUUUUUAGUAUUUGUUAUAGCUGCAACAGAAAUACAUCAUUUGUCCAGUUUUUUCUUAGAUGCUGUACAGUCAAGGGCAUAAAUAUAUAUACAUUCCCAAAGUUUCAAAAAUAUGUGUACUCUCUUACACCUUAGACAAUAAAGUCGUGUUCACAUCUUUUUUAGCCAUUUGUCGGUAUCGAUAUUUUUGCCUUCGACUGUAUCUCUUCCACUAUUAAUAAUUAUUUGAUAAAAUGCAAUGUUUAAGCGACUGGUUAUGGAACAAGUGCCAAAAGUGGCUUACAUAUACAUAUAUGCAUAUGCUUACAAUAUUUAACAGGCAAUAUCAGCGUUUAGAGAACCGAGUCAGGAAUAAAAACAUGAAAUAACUGCUAAGUAUAUAUUGUCUGAUAAAAAAAAAUACACUUUAUUUCAUAAAAAUGUACAUCAAUCAAUGUAUGUCUGAUCGCUUACAAGCUUAGAGCGAGUGUGUUCAAAAUCCAUUAGGACAAUAUUAUAUACCUAUACCUACACAGGUUAUAUGUGGCUUUCCAUCAGAGAAGGGUCCUUAUGCUUCGUGUGCAUGAAAAUCGUAUUGUUUCGAAAAUAGCAGGCAAAGCUGGCUAGUUUCACGUUACUGAGAAGUCAUUAAAUAUGAAUGGAACCUUAUCACAGCAAAUUUAUUAUGUCUAUUGAUAUUAAAGUUUUGUAGUUAUAUUAUUGUGAAAAAGUUAUAAAUUAUAAUUAUCAUGUUGAGGUUUUUUGUUCACCAUUCUACCUCAAGCGCAGCAAAUAAUAUGAACAAUAUAACUGUUGACGGUUAUUGUUGAUCAGAAUAUAUUUUAUCGAGUCUUGUUAUUGAAUAACGAUAGAUGAAAUAUCUAUACAAUUUUGAACCAUGAUUUCUAGAAAUAAAGUACGAAACGAAAUUGUGUACAUAUUUAUGUGGGUCAUUAUAAUGUGAUUAGGGUUGCCAUAUGGAAAAAUUUACGUCAUCCUAAAAAUCCUGACAAUUUCUGGACGGUCAAUUCCCCGAUAAAUCUUGACCAUGAAUCUAGUAUAACUGGAUCGGUCAUGAGGGGCGGGGGGAAAUGACCGAACGGGAUAGUCUUAUCAUCUUAUGUAUCUUUCAGUAGGAGUAGCAGAGAAAGCGCUGUUAUUGUUUGUCCUUGUCACAGCCUCAUUUUUUUUUUAUUCCCAACCGUAAAUUUAGUAUGGUUUAUGGUGGGCUACAAAUCUUUUCGACCAAUCAUAUUGUCGCAUUGCGUAUGUUUUGUCUCUCACGGGCGCACGCGUAUAGCUGAUCUAUGUAAUGCUAGGUCUAUGAUCCUGACAUAUCAGGGAAAAUCCUGGUGUAUGGCAACCCUCACUGUAAUGGCCGUUCGUUACACACUUCGCUAUUGUAUUUGCGCAACUAUGGCUCCGUUACUUUACGAUAUUAAGGGAAGAGAUUCAACAAGAAUAUUUCGACGAAUAUUGCGAAGUGUGUUAGCAUGUUGAAAUAGUACAUUUCGAUGCUAGUGCGGAAAGUAUGUCAUUACUUCACGAGUACCGAGAUAUCUUGCCACGAGCCGUAGGCGAGUGGCAAGACUCGGGACGAGUGAAGAAUGACAUUUCCGCACGUGUAUCGAACGACGUUUUUUAAUACAGUUGCGAAAAAAUAAGAAGAGCAACAAGUAAGGAACGGAAUUCGAAACUUUGAUAUUAUUAAUUCUGUGACAUCAUUGACAUUAUGAAGAAGUGUUUUUCUAGCUUUUAUUUGACUAGAAUUGAUUUUGUUAUUAUUAUUGAACCCACUUCAAUUAGUUAUUUUUUUUCAAAUGCAUGUUCUAUAAGACAGAAACAAUUGUAAAUAUUAAAACAUUGUACUAUUAUUACCUAAAUAUCGUUAUUUAUGAUUAUUUGUGUAUCGUAUAUUUAUAAAAACAAUAUCGAAUGUUGCCUUUGGAAACUUAAAACAUUCUUGCAGUAAGAAAAUACGCCUCUUCUUUGACAGGCGUUCCGUUCCAUUCAGACAACUUAUUAAGAGCGGUUUUUCAACAUUAAAAAAUAAACGUGUUAUAAUACUUAUAAUGAUGAAGAGGUAAGUAAUAAAAUAUGAAAUAUACAUAUUUUUCGUAUUCUUACAUUAACAGUAGGUUUUUAUGUUGAUUACGACGUUUAAAUGAAACUAAUAUUAACACUCAUCAAUAAGUAGUCAUGAAUUGGAACAAGUAGAAAUUUAAAAAAAUUGGAAAAGUAUAAAGCACUAGUUCACGAAAACCAACUUUCCGCACGCUAAACAGCCACGAAAAGUAGCACUUUUUGAGCAACUGUAUUAAAAAGUAUGUUUCAUUUCAGUCCAUUAAAAAAUCCUGCAUAAAAGUUGGUACUUAUUUAAAAUUCUAUAUUAUCUUGAAAUUGUUCAAAUAUCAGGGUAAACUUGAUGUUGUCACGUAUUAGAGUUUAAUUCGAUAUUAGAAUCAACGAGCUUCGAUAUACCCGUCCUUGUUUGCCUGGUUCGAAAAUGUGAAUCAUAAUAUUGAUCUUCUAGUCUUAUUCUUAGAAUAUAUAAUAUAUGCGAGUGAUCUAGAAUAAGUACUUUUAAGUAUUAUACAGGUAAACCAUUUUUAAAAUGCACGCACCCCGAGAGCUACGCUAAGUAAUCUUAUAUACGCAACUCACGCAGAUACAGCGACGCUUUUGCUGUUUGUGUGUUAUGUCAACGAAAGUGAAAUUCUUUCAGUAGGAGUAGCAGAGAAAGCGCUAUUAUUGUUUGUCCUUGUCACCGUCUCACUUUUUUUUUUAUUCCCCACCGUAAAUUUAAACUGUUUUAUGGUGGGCAACAAAUAACCUUACCAAAUUACGUAGGUUGUUUUUUGGUAGGUAUGUUGUAAGGAAUUUUUAAUUUUGUGUCGCAUUACUCUCAUUGCGUAUGUUCCGUCCCUCACGAGCGCACGCGUGUAGCACAUCUAUAGAAAUUAUAACUACUAAAUCUAUGGCGUAGGUGCGGUAGAAAGGCGUGCAUUUAUAAAAUGGUUAACCUCAACAGGUGUGUUCCCUGUAAUAUUUUCGAAUUUUAUUGUUUGUGUCAUUUCGAUUUUAUUGUUUUUUAUGUCACCUCCAGUUUUGUUAAGUAUUCUUAUUGUUAGUUGUUAGUAUAUGAGUAACAAAUGUCUUGAAUAGCCUUAAAGAUCUAUUUACGACUUAUGGUGAGAACAUGACAAUGCCUUUAACUAAACGCUUGUUAGUUAAGGGUUCAUUCAGAAUAUUCAGAUGUAUAACUAAUCUAUCUAAUAAAUAAAAUUUAAAACAGAGCUAUGUAAAUGUUAUAUUUUUUCAUGUAACAAUAGAGGCAGAGCAUAUCAUGUUUUGUAGAAAUACAAUAAUUUUAAGACUA